AACUCUAAAUACGCGCUAUGUCCCAUUGCGGCUCCCGUAGUUGUUAGCAAGCAGCUAGCUGUUGUUAGCUACUUCCUACAGUUGGUCACAGGAGCCGAAUAAAGAGUCGACGACAAAGCAAAGUCGGAGGAUGGUUUUGAAUCUGUGUCAGCCGCACUUUUACACAACAGUUCAUUGCAACAAGCUUUGUGCAGACGGCUAUGAUGUCUCAAACCUUGUGUCAGCUGACCCCGCUCUCCAGAGGCAGGGCUUCAAGCUGGAGUACUUUCUACGUCCACCUGUGCAGGUGACACUGACGUUUGGCUUCCAGGUGGAGCUAUGCAGGGUGGAUGUGGAGCUGUGGCCCUGGGGCAUGGACCGAGGACAGGCCAGCAAGAGACUGGAGAUCAGCACCAGCUCUGAUCCGCUACCUUCCCACAAAUUUAAUCAAGGACACAAACGGGUUCAGCAAAAGGAAAAAAUUCAGAUGCAGGUUAAGCACCAAAACAAACUGAAUAAUAACAACCAAGAGUGUGACAGUAAAUCCCAUCAUAGUAAUGGCCACCCGUGGACUGUUCAGGCCCAACAGUGGGGGGAGGAGGCUGUAGGUGGGUAUUCAUACAAGCACCAGAUGGCCAAAGAUCAGGGUCAAGCAAACGCUGACUCCCACCAACCUGAGGCCGAGUUUAAACUGGUGGGUCGAUGUGAACUUAGAGACUUAACCCGAGUCUGUUUUUCCCAGUCUAAUUUUCGCCCCCAGCCCCUGUUCCCCUCCCCACCUCCGUCACUACCCGCAAACUGUCGACAGGAGGAUCUGUGGAGCAGGGGUGCGCUUUCGUUGGGCGCCGUGACGCAGCUUCGAGUGACCUUGGCGUUUGGCGGUUCUGCCUCAGCUCUGGGGUUCAAGGCUCUGUCUGUGUGGGGACAACCUGCUCGCUGCUGCCCUCCACAGGAAGUGGAGAGGAUCAAAACGGUCCACGAGGCCAGUGAAAGACGACUGCCGCAGCCUGGGUUUUUUACCUCCUCUGUCAGACAAGCCAGUCAACCACAGCAAGCAGCCACACCUCUAAGCAGUCAUUCCAUCCCAGAAGAGUUCCUUGAUCCUUUAACCCAGGAGGUAAUGAUGCUGCCGAUGCUGCUGCCCAGCGGCGUAUCCGUGGACAACACCACUCUGGAGGAGUGCCAGAAGAGAGAAGCCACUUGGGGUCGACCCCCGAAUGACCCCUUCACCGGGGUCCCGUUCACCUCAACCUCACAGCCUCUUCCCAACCCCCAGCUGAAACUACGCAUCGACCACUUCAUCCUGCAGAGAGGGGGGGUUAGGAGGGACGGGAUGUUGGGGAGACAAGGGGAAGGAAAGAAUCCACAAGCCUCGAGACUUAUAGCCUCUAGAGAAGAAGGACAGUCCCACAUUGCUCCAUUUCUCAGUAAGAGCUCAAUAAACAGUACUGUUAGAAGCUCAAAGAGCACUAUUCAGGAAGAAGAUGCUGGAUUAGGACAAUCAUCAGAUUAUGGAAAUUGUACAAUUUACUCUCAGCCUCUUGCUACAGAAAAUAAAUCAGAGUUGGAUCAAAAAAAGAAAAGAUUUCUAAAUUAUAGAAGAGAUUCAGUAGAAGAGUUCGAUGAGAAGCAACUACAACCUCAAACAAAAAGACCAAGACAUGAUGCACUUUCAGUCCCCACCUGCAGCUCCCAUGAGCAGCGUCUGUCCACCAGCCUGGACGAGGCCCUCUUCUCCGCCCUGCAGGGCCGGCCGUCCUUCACCUCAAACUUGUCCCAGCAAAGACGGGAUACUCGUGACAGUGAAGCACUGAACACCACGCAGCAGAGUCUGAGUUCAGACAUUCCCAACAUCGGCACAGGUGAGAAGACGUGCUCCGCUUGUUCCUGUUCCGUCUCUGUUUACUCCACAUCUGCGUCUUCCAUCUACCGUCUGACCUGCGGCCAUUUGCUCUGCCGCGCCUGCCUGCAGAGGCGACCACACGCUCCAAACUCCGUCACUACAGUAACAUCCAAUAACGUCUUGUGUCCCACCUGCCAGAGCGGUACCCCACGCAGUGACAUCAUACGUGUGCACCACUAAAAGGAAGGGAAGCUGUGCCUUCGAAAGCCUGUGAAGAAACCAGGAUUGUUCUCAAGGUGAAGAAGGACUUGUAGAUGUGGUGUUUUCAUCCUCAUGAAUAUAUUGUCUAUUGGGUUUGACGCUAGCACUCUUCCCUUCUUUGACGUACAGUAUAUCGUCAUGCACCAUUGUCGGUUCGAUCGUAUAAUAACUUCCGAGGGGACUCAUUUUGUGGCAUUUGUCUUGACAACCUCUUCAAUUACUUUACACAUCUUUCAUUGUUAUGUAUCAUGUUGUGUUACAUAUCAUCCGUUUGUGUACAUGAAGUGGAGCGGUGAAUUGUGUACCUUAGGCUUUUCCUUGGACAAGUGGCGUCACAACAUCAGAUUACACAGACCAAACAAGGUUUUAAUGUCCGCAGCUGAAGAAAGAACAUCUCUGAAAGCAAUGACCUUUACGUUGUGUAAAAGAAAAUAAAGAACUUACUUGAGAAAGGACUUCUCCUCCACCUCCUCCACCUCCUCCCUCGCCGUCUUAGCCUCUUCAUUGAACACUAAAGUUUUGUUGCAGCCUUGGUCCUGCAGCCUGUGUUCCGGUCCCUGGACGUGUAAAUGUAUUGAGGAUUCACGAAGAAAAGGCUGAGGGACAGAAGCACAGAGAGCAAGAGGCGAGAAGAAUGAAUGCGGGAAACGAGGCGACUCAAGGCUGCGUGUUCAUUGUGCAGAAACAGCCAGGGUCACGCUCAGCAGAUCAGCUGACCACCUGAUGCCACGUUAGCCCUGUCCUCAUCUCAGUCCCGUCCCCUCGUUCCUUAUACGUCAGUAACAGCAAGCAGAGAUUCAAUAAGUAACUAAUAAGGACGUCUCGGAACGGAUCAUCUUGUUCUGUCUUACAUGCUGACAUGAAUUCCUACAAUGGCAAAGCUGCGGUGUAAGGAAAUAAAUGUUUACGCGUUGUUUACCGGCUACAUGACCUCCUGUGUCCUUGCCCCGAGAUUCAUUUUCUGUCUCUUUAACACUCCACCCGAUUCACCUCUUUUGAGUGUAUUGUCAUGUGCACAAAAGGGUUGAACAGAGCAAAGUCAGGGGAGGAAGAGAGAAAGAAAGUAUUCCUCUUGCUUCUGCGAUCACAAACAGCAUCAUUUAAAUAUUGGUUUCCCUGACAACACUAAGCUUAACCAAGGUCGUGAUCCUGUAUCCGCUCAAGAAGAAGAAACUGGAAUCGGUUGCUCUGCAUGUGAAAUCGUCAUCAGCCGCGCGGUUUCAGUCACAAGUGGACGAUAAAGCGCCAAACACUGACUCAGACUCACUACGGCCUCACUACUCGCCUGCUAGAACAUUCGGUUUCACUUUUAAAUGAUUUUUCUGCUUCGUACAUGUGAGAAAUGUAAAAACUUAAACUCUAAUCCACUGCUUGGGAACAAUGUCAGUUGGAAACAAGUUCAUGUUCAGCAGUACAGUAAUGCAUAACAAGUCCACAUUUUGUAUUUAUUCAACGAUGGGCCCUGAAUGCCGUGGGGAUAAUUAAACGACUCCAUCACACCUCAA